GUUCAAUUGCUGAUCUUCUCGCUUCGGAAACGAAGGCAGAGACUUCCUUCUCUUCCCACACUCUCAAGCCUGGAAUUUGGAACAAGUCCAAAUCGAAUUUCUGUAAUCCGAUAGUCUUUAGAUUUGGUUUAUAUGGGCAUUCCACCGAACUUUGGUUGGUAUUAACUUCUUCGUUUAGCUUUGCGAUUCCUGAUAGCCCUGCUACCACGACUUUCAUGAACGAAAACCAUCGAGAUUAUAUAUCCUUUUAAUACCCAUUGAUCCCUCUCUCUCUAUCAUCACUGGAUCUAAGAUUCUAAGGGCGUUUCUCGCAAUUCGCUGGAUUCCACGCCUCUCCCGGCGCCCCUUUUUAGUUUCGCCCCUCAAUCUCUACCUUUUCAGUUUUUGAGCUUUCGUACUGCUAUAAAGCAGUUGGAGCAAAGACAAAGAUGGGUGAGGGAGAACGAUUUCAGCUGGGAACUAUCGGGGCGUUGACACUAUCCGUGGUGUCAUCAGUGUCGAUUGUAAUUUGUAAUAAGGCGUUAAUGAGCUCACUGCAUUUCAUUUUUGCCACAACUUUGACAAGCUGGCAUCUGCUUGUCACAUUUUGUUCUCUUCACGUGGCACUAAAAAUGAGAUUCUUUGAGCACAAACCUUUUGAGCAGAAAGCUGUGGUGGGAUUUGGGAUUCUUAAUGGAAUCUCAAUUGGACUUUUAAAUUUGAGCCUGGGGUUCAAUUCUGUUGGUUUUUACCAGAUGACCAAGUUGGCUAUCAUUCCGUGCACUGUUCUGUUGGAGACCCUUUUCCUGGGGAAGAGAUUCAGUAAAAGAAUUCAACUUUCCCUGGUUAUCCUCCUUCUAGGUGUUGGGAUUGCAACAGUCACUGAUUUGCAGCUCAAUGCUUUGGGCUCUUUCCUAUCUCUUCUUGCAGUGAUUACAACAUGUGUCGCUCAGAUUAUGACAAAUACCAUUCAGAAGAAGUACAAGGUUUCGUCCACCCAAUUGCUGUACCAAUCAUGCCCAUAUCAAGCGGCCACUUUGUUGAUCUGUGGUCCUUAUCUGGAUAAACUUUUGACCGACCGAAAUGUAUUUGCUUUUGAGUACACAACACAAGUGAUGUUUUUCAUCAUUCUUUCCUGCCUCAUCUCCAUCUCCGUAAAUUUUAGUACGUUUCUUGUGAUCGGGAAGACUUCUCCAGUCACUUAUCAGGUUCUUGGACACUUGAAGACAUGCCUUGUGUUGGCUUUUGGUUAUAUUUUGCUUCAUGAUCCAUUCAGCUGGAGGAACGUCCUGGGGAUUUUGGUAGCCCUGAUCGGGAUGAUUUCGUAUUCCUACUAUUGCACUCUAGAGAAUCAGCAAAAAGCUGCAGAAGCUGCGGCCGAAGCAUCCCAGGCCAGAGAAGGUGAUUCAGAUCCUCUGCUUAAGGUGGAAAAUGGAAAUGCGGCAUUGAAUUCUUCUGGACAAAAGGGCCCUGCAUGGGGCAAAGACAAGGACUAGGACGCCUCAUGCUUGGACUUCUGAAAUUAUCAAACAAAGGCGGUAAGUACAGGGUCCUUACAAAGGGUUUAUACCAAAUUGGAAUUGGAGUUGGAAUUAGAAAGUGCAGCCUCGUAUACGAGUUUACUGGGCGUUAGUUUUGUCGCCUAUGAAUAUUUAUCGAACAAGCAAUAUUGCUGACGAUGAACAAAUACAUGGACUUUGUCGGGUGGAUAUCUCUUGAUUGUGUUCCGAUUCCCGUAGUCAUCUUAUCCAAGUGUUUUUUUCCGGACCUGUUAAGUUGUAACUAUUCUGAAGAGGCAUCAUGGGACUGCUAUUGCAUUCAAGGCUAAGCUUUAUUACUCUUCAUUUCUCUGUCUUGAAUAUUGUAGAAGUAAUCCUAAUAAAAAUACAACUGUUUAGUUAAUUGCUAAUUUUUUCUACA